GCAGGAAAGUCCCAUUUGCUCUGCGGGAAAAACUGAAAGAUGAACUAGCACGAAUGGAAAAGUUGGGAGUCAUUAAAAGAAUAGAUGAGCCAACUGAAUGGGUCAGCUCGCUGGUUGUUGUGCAAAAGAAAACAGGUGCCCUAAGAAUAUGCUUGGAUCCAAGAGACUUAAAUAAAGCGAUCAGAAGAGAGCACUUCAAGUUACCAACCAGGGAAGAGAUCAUGGCACAAUUUGCUGGAGCAAAAUGGUUCAGCAAAUUAGAUGCUUCAUCAGGUUUCUGGCAGAUGAAGCUUGACGAGGAGAGUUCAAGACUGUGCACAUUUAACACCCCGGAGGGCAGGUACAGGUUUCUUCGUCUACCAUACGGCAUCUUGUCAGCGCCUGAAGUAUAUCAUAAGACCAUUCACAUGAUUUUUGAGCACAUACCUGGAGUUGAGACAAUGAUGGAUGAUAUCAUAGUGUGGGGCUCAACCCGAAAAGAACACGACGAAAGACUGAGACAAGUGCUAGACAAGACAAGGGAGGUGAACCUGAAACUUAACAAAGAAAAAUGUGAGUUUGGAGUGAAGUCACUUACCUUUGUGGGAGAUGUUGUGAGUGAAGAGGGCGUGAAGCCAGACCCCAGAAAAACUUCAGCAAUCAACAACAUGGAAAGGCCAACCAACAAAGAUGAGGUCAGACGUUUCCUAGGGAUGGUCACCUAUCUUGCCAAGUUUGUCCCACAACUGUCAACACAGUCAGCACCUCUCAGGAGUCUUCUUGAACAAAAGAAUGAAUGGAUAUGGUCCCACGAGCAAGAACAACGUUUUCUGAAACUGAAAGAGACUCUUAUACAGGAGCCUGUGUUAAAGUUUUAUGACCCCGAGAAGAGCACCAGGAUCUCGGCAGAUGCAUCGCAGUACGGCCUGGGAGCAGUGCUACUGCAGCAACAUGAAGAGCAGUGGCUACCUGUCGCCUAUGCAUCCAGAGCACUGACAAGUGCCGAGACCAGGUAUGCUCAAAUUGAAAAAGAACUGUUAGCAAGUUUGUAUGCAUGUGAGCGUUUCCAUCAAUAUGUAUAUGGACAGAUGUUUCAAGUGGAAACUGAUCAUAAACCGUUGGUGUCCAUCAUGAACAAACCAUUUAAUGACUGUCCAGUACGAAUACAGCGCAUGCUAAUUCGACUGCAAAAAUAUGACGUGCACAUGAUGUAUACACAAGGAAAAUAUAUGUACACAGCUGACACAUUGUCUAGAGCAGUGGAUAAGAGAGAACUUGCAGACAGUGAAAAUAGCACAGAGAUACAGGCAUAUGUAGAUAUGGUAGUGACAUCUUUGCCGGUGACUGCAGACAGAACAGAACACAUACGGAGAGAGACUAUUGCAGAUGAAACUAUGAAAGAACUCAAGAGCACAGUACAGAAUGGAUGGUCUGACAACAAAAAGGAUUGCCCCUUGAAAAUACAAGACUAUUGGAAUUGUAGAGCUGAGCUCACAGUGGUGGAUGACAUUGUGCUAAAAGGGAGCAAAUUUGUUAUUCCGUACUCACUGCGCAAACAGAUGCUCGAAAAGAUACACAAAGGCCACCUCGGUGAAGUCAAGUGUAAAAGGAGGGCUAGAGAAGUAAUGUACUGGCCAAGGAUCAAUCAGGAUAUUAGCCAAACAACAACGUCAUGUGGAGUUUGCCGAACUUACAGGCCAAAACAACAAGCUGAGCCACUGAUGACUCAUCCAGUGCCCCACAGACCGUACUACAAAGUAGGAACUGAUCUAUUUGACUUUGAUGGAAGGAGCUACGUGGUAGUCACAGACUACUUUUCAAACUAUCCGGAAAUUGGAGCGUUGCAGUCAACAUCGAGCAAAGCAGUUGUCAGUUAUUUAAAGACUGUUUUCGCCAGACAUGGUGUUCCAUGCGAACUGUUUUCUGACAAUGGUCCCCAGUUUUCUAGUUGUGAGUUUGCUGCCUUUGCCAAGGAAUGGGGGUUUCAACACUCCACGUCAAGUCCAACUUAUCCAAAGUCCAACGGCUUGGCAGAAUGCUCUGUAAAAACAGUAAAAAACUUGUUAAAAAAAUCACAGGACAAAGAUGACUUUCAGAAAAGUUUACUGAUCUACCGGAGUGCACCUCUACAAAAUGGACUGUCACCAGCCCAAAUGCUGAUGGGUAGGCGCAUUCGCUCCAACCUACCAGUCAACGAGGAUUUGCUGACACCCAAAGGCACACACAAAGUCAGACACGCUAAGGAAGUACAAAAAGCAAAGCAAAAACAGCUGCAUGAUAGAACGGCAAAACACCUGCCUAUGCUGAGGCCGGGAGACGUUGUGCGUCUCAGAGACAUUUCUACAGGCACUUGGAGACAAAAAGGACAGGUGGAAGAGAAAGUUGCUCCACGUUCGUAUAGGAUCCAGAUGGAAAAUGGACCGACUCUGAGAAGGAACCGCACGGAUCUUCAACUACAGCUGACUGAAGGCAACAUUGCAGCUCAGGAAAAGGCUCAACAGGACUCAGCUGGACCUGCAGAACUUGCUGACACUGAGCCUGACCUUGUUGACCAAGGACUGACAGCAGUGUCCGCGUCACCUGCUGUUGAGAGACUGUCUAACUCUAGACCUAAGAGACAUGUUCAGCCACCUAAGAGGCUGAUUGAGAGUUGUUAA